AUGCCUGACGAAACUUUCUCGUCACCCUCGCCGUCCUCUCCUCUCUCUACAUCCAUACCGAGGCCGAAACCCAAGAAGAAGCGGACCCGCACAGGGUGCCUCAAUUGCCGUCGCAAGAAGCGCAAAUGCGAUGAGGCCCAACCCUCAUGCAGCGGCUGCGCUCGGCGGAGAGAGGUGUGCAGAUGGGGCCUCAAGGUGACGUUUCGGGACGAAAACGCGCAGACAAUAUGUAGGGAUCACCCAUCUAUGAAGGUUCCAAAGAGGCGACCAAAGGGGUUCGAAAUCCUAGACGUCACGGAUGAAGUUAUUCGGGAGUAUCACAACCCAAUUGACUUCGAGGUGGACAGCGAGGAGGGGGAGUCGCCGCGAUGUCAAGCCGUGCCGUCGCCUGUGGGGAGGAGGAGGUACGAGAAACCAGGAGGCAGUCGACAGCUUUGCUUGCCGAUGGAGAGGGCAAAUCUUAGAAACCAGGAACCAGCCGACUUGGCCGAUUUUGGGGAUUCGCCUUCGGCAGCCUCGCACAUUAUCACUGACAGUGCUGUUGCUAACCUCCUGCUCUUCAGCCAAGGUGGAGCGAAUGCGUCGCAUGACCUGGCAAGCUCCUUGUCGCAGCACACCCAGUUCGACUCAUUGGAAAGGCUACCGGUGAACCCUAUUGUCCACGAGUCCCCGAUUCUCGAGCAGGUCUUUGAUUUUGGGGAACAGCUCUUCAGCCCUGAAGGGUCAUACGACGAUGGCAUCUUCCUGCCGGGAUCGGCUUACCAUGAGCUGCACUCGACCCUCAGGAACCACCUUAUCCAGGAGGUGAGGUCUAACGUUCCAACACGACCUGGAACCCCAACCCAAGGUGUUGAGGAUGUCUACAAAGAGCACUCCGUCAGGUCGGGCACAUCUUUAACAAGCGACGAAGUUCUCAUCCAGAAUGACCUAGCCUCGGACCAUGAGCCCCCUAGUCUAUCCAAACAAGAGGAGACUGUGCUAUGGAAGAACUGGUUCGAAGAGAUAUCGCCGUGGCUGGACAAAUUCGACAACCAGUGUCAUUUUCAGAAUGUGCUGCCCACCUUGGCUCGUGACCACGACCACUUGCGAUAUUCCAUGCUCGCCUUGUCGGCUCGACAGCUCGAGCUCAAAGACUCCAACCGAGCCACAGACCGCAGCCUCGCCCUUUACCAGGAAGCCAUCCAUCUGCUCCUCCCCCAGCUCUCAACCCGAACGACGCCAGUCAUCGCUUCGUGCGUCGUCCUCUGUGUUCUCGAAAUGUGCAGCUGCUCCCCCAAAGCCUGGCGCCGCCAUCUCGACGGCUGCGCCAGUCUCAUGGAAGCCGUGCAGAUGACGGGCUUCUCUGGUGGUCUGGAGCAGGCCCUAUUCUGGUGCUUCGCCCGCAUGGACGUCUGCGGCGGUCUCAUCUCCUCCGUCAAGACCCUCAUCCCCGCCUCCCGCUGGACCGGCUCCCCACACAGCGCAGCAUCAUCCCUCGACGCCGACGUCGCCCUCUUCCGCUCGGCCACGACGUUCGACAUGUGGGCCAACUACUCCGUCUACCUCGUCGCCCAAGUCCUCGACCUCCUCGCACCCCUGGCCGCGGCCAACCCAGGCGGUCUCUUCUUCGACGGGCCCCGCAGCGACGCCGGCUACCGCACGUCGUGGGCGCGCCUGUGGCGGCACGUCGAGGCCUGGCACGCCCUCCGCCCGCCCGCGAUGCACCACGUCCUCGCGACGCCGUCAACGCCCUCGGACCCGUUCCCGACCGUCCUCUACAGCAAUGCCGCUGCCGUGUCGGGCAACCAGCUGCACCACACGGCCGCGCUGCUGAUGCUGCAGAACCGCCCGCCGGGCCUCAGGCUCGCGCCGCGCCCGAGGUCGGCGCUCUGGCACGCACGGCGGAUUUGCGGGAUCAGCAUGACGAACCACCACCACGGUGCGUGGACGAAUAGCAUCCAGCCGCUGUGGAUCGCUGGGCGGUGCAUGAGCCAUCCGGCCGAGCAUGCGGCCAUUUUAGAGCUGCUAGGGAGGAUCGAACGGGAGAGUGGUUGGGGGACUAAGUGGCGGGCGGAUGAUCUCAAAGACUUCUGGGGGGACCUGGGGGAGGAUUGA